AACCAAUCGAACACGGCAACGCAAGCAAAACGCAAACGGAUUUGUUGUGGUUUUUUGUUGUCUUGGGUACUUUUUUUUUACUGUAAACUAAUUCUUAGUUUUAUUUUUUCUCUGUAUCGUCCGGAACUGUUCUCUUGAUUUCACCGGUAUAUAACAAUUAAAGUUAAAGCAAUGAGCCUGCCAUUGAGGACUGAGCUUGGUGCCGACAGGACAAAAAGAAAAAAAAGGAGAGAGCUGACCGAGGAACAGAAGCAAGAGAUAAAAGAGGCUUUUGAGCUGUUUGACACUGACAAAGACAAAGAGAUCGAUUACCACGAACUGAAGGUCGCAAUGAGGGCUUUGGGGUUCGAUGUGAAGAAAUCGGAUGUGCUGAAGAUACUUAAAGACUACGAUCGGGAAGGAAGCGGAAAAAUUACAUUUGAUGAUUUUAAUGAAGUUGUCGCAGAGAAGAUGCUGGAGCGGGAUCCUCAGGAGGAGAUCCUGAAGGCUUUCAAGCUGUUUGACGACGACGACUCGGGCAAGAUCAGCCUGCGAAACCUGCGGCGGGUAGCGAGGGAGCUGGGCGAGAACAUAUCGGACGAGGAGCUGCGAGCCAUGAUCGACGAGUUCGACACGGACGGGGACGGGGAGAGUACGGGCACUCGUAAACCAGGAGGAGUUUAUUUCCAUAAUGACUGGAGAUUCAUAAGACUGAGGAGGCUUCUUCAUCAUGGCCUCUGUGUGACCACCGGAUCCUUGUUCUGCUGUCUUUCUGAUAACACACCGGGACCAUUACAGCUGUCUCGUAUGGAUAAUUCACCGUUGCACUUCACACGUGAGCCUUGGCCAGGCCUGUGACACUUUUGUCGCUUUAAAAAGUGUUUUUCAAGACUGCAGUAUGGACUGUCAGUAUUUAUUACAUUACAGAAAGUCUCUUACUCUAAACACCAAAAGCAUUUAAUCUUACAUUGGUGCAUUUUCUGUGCAUUCUGUAGCUCAUGUUUAUGUUUUUUUUUAUGGAGAUCAAGAUAAGCAGUUCUCUGUGGAAAAAGAUUUGACAAUAUCAUGCUUAUGUGCAAACAUGUUCGUAGUCAGCUGUUUUCCAGUUAGACAUGCUGCACUGUUACUGGGUGGAUUGUCGUACACCAGCUAAUAAUUUUAACUGUAUAGUACUGUUUUCAAAAAACAUUCUUGAAUGUGAAAAUAUUGUGUAUAGUUUUGCAGUACCUAGUUUUGUUGUAAGUAAUACAAAAUAAAACACAAGAAUUUUCAGUUCUCA